UAGUUAAACUUAUCAUAUAUCUACUUAUAGCAGUCAUAUUAAUAGAAGAUAAGAUAUUCUCUAGAUUAAACAAAAUAAACAUGUUAUUUGUAAGAUAUAUUGCAAAUUCAUUAUUACGUGCCUGAACACCAGCAUUUUUUAUCAUUUGUUUUUUUGCCGAUAGGAAAAACAUCGCAUAUACAUAUAUAUUGUGAGGCAUUUUUUUAAAAUCAAUUGAUUCCAUCCGGUCCCAGGGUACCAGUAUAGAACAUUGUUAAAAAGAAAUAACUAAAAUGGCUCCCCACUACAAACUAACAUAUUUCGACCUUACCGGACUGGGCGAACCGAUUAGGUACCUACUAAACUAUGGAAACAUUCCGUUUGAAGACGUUCGUAUCCCAAAAUCCUCUUGGCCAGAUCUAAAAGACACGUUAAACCCCCCUUUGGGACAACUACCACUGCUGGAAGUGGAUGGUGAAGUGCUGUUUCAAAGUAUCGCCAUCUCAAGGUAUGUUGGUACCGUUGUUGGACUAGCUGGAUCGAACCCUUUAGAAAAUUGGCAAAUUGAUGCGGCUGUUGAUACUGUUUUUGACUUAAGAAUAAAAAUUUUCAACUGGUAUACUGAACAAAACGAAGAGCUAAAGAAGGAACUCAAAGAAACAUUGGUGAGGGAACAAUUGCCCUACUACUUAUCAAAGUUUGACGAAUGGGCUAAAAAGUACAAUGGCUAUCUUGCUGUUGGAAAGCUGACCUGGGUAGAUCUUUACUUUAUAGCAAUCAUUGACUUCUUGGACGAAUUUCUACCAGGAUUUAUUGGCAAACCAUCCUUGCUGACUGGAUAUUCCAAUUUGGAGGCACUUAAGAACACUGUUACCGGUCUUCCCCAAAUUAAAAAAUGGUUGGAAACAAGGCCUAAGUCUGAAUAUUUAAAAUUGUAGGCUUUUAUAUAUUUUUUUAUGAAUAAAUUUAUUACUUAUA